GAAGAUCGCUUUGAAAUAUUUACCAAUGAAUAGGACGAUCGACCCACCAUCAUCAGAAUACAUGAGAAUCGGGUCAUGAUCACAUCGCCCGUUGCUUCUUCUCAAAGAAAUAGCGAUACCGAUCUAGCCUGGGAAAGCAGUUCUCGGAAUAACAGCUCGACCAGCAUUAACAAGCCUUUUCUGCAUCCCGUUCCUCCCUCGGACCCUUUACGACAAGCCAAGAGACUUCACAUCAAGCUGCUCAAAAUGCUGACCGCACGCACAGGACACAUUCUGCACCCAGAGUAUCUUCAGCCUUUACCGUCCACUCCGAUUAGUCCGAUCGAGUUAGAUGCGAAGAAAAGUCCGCUGGCUCUUCUUGCGCAAACCUGCUCUCAGAUCGGUAAACCGGACCCUCCACCCUCAUCCAAACUCUCCUCGGUUACAUCGAAUGGAUCUACCGAGAAGGAAUCCAAGUCCGGGCCUUUAAAACUAAGCGACAUCGGCGUGGAAGACAAAUCGAGCUUCAAACCGUACUCCAAACCAUCGGAUAAGAAGGACUCGUCCUCUGGGGUUUCAAGUGGAGAGAAGUCUGGUUUCCGUGUGCCGAGCGCCACCUGCCAGCCGUUUACUCCCGGUACGGGUAGCCCGAAUUCCAGCACUUCUGCCUCCCCGAUGCCGUCCGAGGCCAAAACUGAAAGAGGCGAAAAGAAAGACGCUGACUGUAAUAAAAUCUGUAAUUCGGACGGUUCUGGACAUACCAGCGUCAGCCACAGCAGGAUAAGCGUGAGCUGUGCCGGAAUUAACGUGGAGGUCAAUCAGCACCAGGAGACCACGCCGGGAUCCAAGGCCGUCACCUCGGAAUCGAACUCUUUAUCUAACUCUUCCUCAGCUGCUGUUCUCGGCUCGGGUCUGGUGGCUCCUGUUUCUCCGUACAAACCAGGACAGACUGUUUUUCCUUUACCCCCGGCUGGCAUGACCUACCCGGGAAGUUUAGCUGGGGCUUACGCGGGGUAUCCUCAGCACUUCUUGCCCCACGGUGGAAGUCUAAUGAACGCGCAACUGGCCAGUUCUCUUGGCGCAAGCAAAGCUGGUUCGAGCCCGCUAGCCGGGGCUUCUCCUCCGUCUAUCAUGUCAGCCAGCCUUUGCAGAGACCCGUACUGCUUAAGUUAUCACUGUGCCAGUCACUUAGCUGGCGCAGCCGGGGCUUCGUGCACGCACGACUCUGCCGCCGCAGCCCUGAAGUCCGGAUACCAGCUCAUGUACCCGACGCACCCAUUACACGGGGUGCACUCUACGCCACCGUCUUUCGGAGGACACCCUUUAUACCCGUACGGCUUCGUGCUCCCCAACGACCCGUUACCGCACGUAUGCAACUGGGUCUCAGCGAACGGGCCGUGCGACAAGCGCUUCUCGUCCUCCGAGGAACUGCUCAACCACCUGCGGACACACACCGCUUUUACUUGCGCAGAUAAGUUCAUGUCGGGCUACCCGAGCUCUUCCUCUCUCGCCAGCGCUGCCGCUGCUGCCAUGGCGUGCCACAUGCACAUGCCACCUUCCGGAGCGCCCGGCAGUCCCGGUACACUGGCGCUCAGGAGCCCGCACCACGCACUCGGACUAAGCAGUCGCUAUCACCCAUACUCAAAAAGCCCGUUACCCACUCACGGUGCCCCGGUGCCAGUCCCCGCCGCCACCGGCCCAUAUUACUCCCCAUAUGCACUGUACAGCCAGAGACUUACCACAGCAUCGGCACUCGGGUACCAGUGAAACGGACUCACUUUCACCCCUUUCCCGUCCCCUAAAUUUAGAACUUAUAAAGAUUCAGAUAUAAAGACUUUUAUAUGAACGCACCACUGAAGGACUGGAUCCGUGGACUCCUCUGUAUUUAUUUAUGUCAGCUAAAAGCGGACAAUAAUACACAAAGUAAAACACAUUUAAACAAACUCAGAAGUGCAUUACAGUGAAAACUCCGUAGAUAAAAGUGAACCACAUGUUAGAAUACUAAUAAAAUAGAGGUUCGUCAGUUCAACCUUUAUUUUAAACUGCUAUGAUUGUAUUGUACGUUCUUAUUUAAUGUCUCAUUGAAAAGUUAAAUAAUUUACAUUUGCAUGUUUGUUUUUUUUUAAUCCCAAAUUGUCCGCAUAAUUUUAAAUUGACGUUAUUUUUCAGGUCUAUACAAUGG